CCUGAUUUCCUGGAUAGUUGCGAUGAUUUGUUUUGUUUUUUUGUAAGUGUAUGUCUAUAACGUCUACUUUAUAAUUUAACCGGUAAAUACUGUAUAUCACUUUUGAUCAUAAUCAUUGCAAACAUGUCGGCAAUCAACGAAAGCUCUCUACGUAAAGUAUUUUCAAAGUACUAUAAAUACAGGGAUCUGACCGCACGAGACAUUACAAACGUGACGAACAUCUACAAAGACCUUAAACCUAUGAUGGACAACUACGUGUUCAAUGAUGGCUCCACCAAAGAGCUGCUGAGUCUGACGGGAACUGUUCCAGUAAACUAUAGAGGAAACAUAUACAACAUUCCAGUGUGCCUGUGGCUUCUUGACACGUAUCCAUACAACCCUCCCAUCUGCUUUGUCAAACCCACAAGUGCCAUGAUGAUAAAACCAGGAAAACAUGUUGAUGCUAACGGAAAGGUUUACCUCCCAUACCUGCACGAGUGGAAGCCUCCCCAGUCAGAUUUGUAUGGACUGAUUCAGGUGAUGAUUGUAGUGUUUGGAGAGGAACCACCAGUUUUCUCACGGCCCAGCUCACAGCCAGCUUACCCAGCAUUCCCAGCUGCAGGCCCACCUAACACAUCUUACAUGCCAACCCCCCAAGGCUUGCCUUAUAGUCAAGGUCAUUCUGCCAAUCCAGGAGUUUUUCAGGGCUACCCUUAUCCUGCAACCGGCUCUGGAUACCCCACUACCUCAGGGUCCUCUAUGUAUACCCCAAUGUCUUCAGUCCCUACAGUGGGACCCUCCCGUGAUGGCACCAUCGGGGAGGACACAAUCCGCGCCUCUUUGGUGUCUGCGGUGAGUGACAAGCUGCGGCGGAGGAUGAAAGAAGAGAUGGAUGGAGCACAGGCAGAGCUGGACGCCCUGAGAAGGACAGAGGAGGACCUGAAGAGAGGCCAUCAGAAACUGGAGGAGAUGGUGACCAAACUAGAUGUGGAGAUGGCUGAAGUGGACAGAAACAUCGACCGCCUUAAGCAGAAAGACGAGGAGUUGACUGCUGCGCUGGAAAGAAUGGAGAAUCAGGCUGAAGAUAAUGACAUUGAUGAUGUGAUUGUACCCACUGCUCCCCUUUAUAAGCAGAUUCUCAACCUCUAUGCUGAGGAAAAUGCCAUAGAGGACACUAUCUUCUACUUGGGGGAAGCUUUGCGCAGAGAUGUCAUUGAUUUAGACGUCUUCCUCAAGCAUGUGCGCCUUCUCUCCAGAAAACAGUUCCAGCUGCGAGCUUUGAUGCAGAAGGCUCGGAAAAUAGCAGGCCUCAGUGACCUGUACUGACCUGCCAUCUGAAUCAUUUUCCUUCUCAGCUUUACCACAUGAGGUGUAUCAUAAGAGCCCCGCAGCUUAUAGAAGUACAGGAUGCUGGGGAUCCUCCUAUUUCAGACGGUAAACUAAAUACAAGUCGUGAGAAAUACUUUAUAAUAUAACUUUAAUUUAGCCAGGACCAAAAUUUCUGCGAAACCUAGAGAUUAUUGAGUCACACUUUAUUUUGAUGGUUCGUUUGUUGAAUUUAACUUGCAUUGCAACUAAUUCUCAUUAGAUUAUAAGUAGACUGUUAUGGUUAGGGUUAGUAUAAGUUGAUAAGUACUUGCAAAGUUUCUUAUUGU